GGUUGAGUGAGAAGGGAGGAAGCAGGGUGAACCGUUUUACUUUUGUUUUCAUCGCCUUAUAAACCGAAGAUGGCUAGUAAGAAGGAAUUCUGCUUUUGGUUCGUAAUCCUCAUUUUCUUCACAACCAUCAGUGCUAGCCACGGACAGGGACAAUACGAAUGUCUCACAAACCUAUGUGCAGCUGGACAGUUGUGCUGGGAUCGAUUUGGGUCAACUGAAUCAACGCAUGUCUGCCAGUGUCAGAGUGGACAAGGAUAUGAUUGCAACCAACCUUCCAACGCCCAAACACAAAUCACUUGCUAUGGCCCUCACUGUCGCAGCUGGAUAUUCCAGUCGCCGUUUUAUCCCGACAUGUAUGCUGCACGGGCUACUGUCUUGUAUCUUCUGUACAUCCCAAGUGCAACUAAGAUCAUGUUCACAUUCAGCGACCCAUUCGAACUUGAAAAAUACAAGGACGAUCUGACGGUUGGUCCAGGGUUGGCAGUGGACUUCGAUCUUGACCUACGAGGGGAAGAUAUUCCAGAGCGUGAUGUCCAUCACUUCUCGGGAAACAAGGUGCCGAAGGAUUUCGUUCUGGAUGAUACAGACUCGGCAUGGAUGUAUUUUUCGACUGAUAAGAACACGGAAGGAUCUGGAUUUCAGGUGAACUGGACAAGCGAAGAUCGGUUACCACCCGUAAUCGUAUGCCCAUCAGACGUCACGGUUCCUGCAGUGGCCGGCUCACAAAGUGCUUCUGUGACGUGGGUCCAACCGACGACCUCGGAGCCGGUGUUUGUUCAAAGCGACUUCGAUUCCGGGCAUGAAUUUGGCAUUGGACGCCAUGUAGUGAUCUACACUGCUACUGAUGAAGCGGGAAACGAAGGACAGUGCUUCUUUUAUGUCACCAUAGAGGGCCGUGAUCCAAGUACAAACCUAGCACCUGUAAUAUCAGGUUGCCCGGAUAGCAGGACACCAGCAGUGUAUAACACCAGUCCAGUUGCAUCUUCUCUUCCCGUCCUCUUCGAACCACCAAACGCCACGAACCCAGCCAACGUCAGUGAUAUUAUCACGACAGUUUCGUCUCAAAUGCCUGGAGAUGUCUUCGAUCACGGGGUACAUCUAGUGCUUUAUAGGUUCAUCAACAGCAACGGAUUACAAGCCGACUGCGUCAUUCCUAUCCAGGUCUCAGAAGUGGACUUUUGCGCAUCACGCCCUUGCGAUCCUGACCUUGAAAUUUGUCACCACACUCCUACAAGCUUCUACUGCUUUGUAAUUGCAAAUGAUACCGUUGAGCCAGAGUUAUUCGACUGUCCAGACGACAUCCACGUCUUCACGGCACCCUUGGAUCUUUUCGUAGCAGUGAACUGGACUGAACCGACGGCUUCUGAUGACUCAGGACGAGUUGUCCUUGAAUCGUCUCACAGCUCUGGUGAUCUCUUCUCAACCCAAGGGCCACAUGUCAUUGUCAUCUAUGAAGCGAAGGACAUGAACAAUAACUCAGCGAUGUGUUCUUUCAGCGUAAAUGUUACCGCGGAUGACACCGGACCCAACCUGUCUUGCCCAGAGAACAUCACACUACCAUUAAACGGGUCAAGUGAUAGAGUUGUCACGUGGCCAGAGGUCACCGCGGACGAUCCAUCAGGUCCUAUUUCCAUCAUCCAAACUCAUCAUCCAAAUGAUAGUUUCCCGUCGGAAUCAACAACAGCGGUUAUUUAUGUUGCAUCCGACAGAUACGGAAAUAUCAACUUUUGCUCAUUUAUUGUCACCAUCGUCGAUAUGCCAUCACCUCAACAUCCUUUUCCGGUGCAAGCUACGAUUGCCUUGAUUGUUGUCAUCGGCAUGAUUAUCCUCGUUGUUAUGAUGAUCAUGUUCCUAAUAAAAUCCAAAAAAGACAGGAAGAAAGAGGAACAAAAGAAGAUUGCGAGCAUUGAAGCUCCAAACAGUGAAGGAGAAAGCUCUUAGAAAAUGCAUCAAGAAUAGUUCAAGAUUUGCUGUUGAUAACUAUUUUUUUGGAGGGGGAUCUAAAUUCAUGUUUUUACGUGGAUUAUAAAGGAACAUGCCUCGACAGAAGGAAACCCACAUUUUCAUCAUUAUUUUAGUGAAAAGGAAUGUGAAUAUUCAAAAUUUACAUACAAAAACAAUAGAUCGUGAAUGAUACUUUGAUUAUAUAUCAAGGCCGAUGCAUACCUGAACAUCAGUUUUCUGAAAAUAUCAACUAAUGAGACAAUGAGAGGCAAUUUUCCACACACAAAAAAGGAGAACAGAGUAAGAGUGGUGCAUCUAAUUAAAAUAUCCUUCCUAGUUGAUUGUACUGUCAAGUAGUUGAUAUAAAAGUUUUAUCAUGAAAAAGUGUUUCCCUUUUAUACAAUGACUGAUGAUUAAAAUAGAUAUUAAACAAACUCUUUACCUUAAAAACAAAUUGAAGGGACAACAAUCAGUCUGAAAUAGGAGUUUAUAUCUGACAUAAUUAUCGUCUGCCACUUUUGACUUGUAAAUUUCGAAAGGCAAUCAGUCAUACUUACCAAAAUAAUAUUUGUAGAAUUACUGGAAUGUUCAUCAAAUUAUACUGGCAACCCGCAUAUCAUUAGUGUCCUGAAUUCUUAGGGAUCUAUAUUUUUUUAGGCAGUAUGGGAUAUGGACGGGUGACAACCCCAGUUAAAGGGGAAUGAAACCCUUGGAACAAGUGGGCUUGUGUUGAAAGAGAAAAUCAAAGAAUAAGAUCAAAUAAAGUUUGAGAAAAAUUGGACAAAUAAUGAGAAAGUCAUGAGCAUGAACAAGUUUCCCUUUGAUGCCUAUAAAAUACCCCCCAAAAUGUCCCUUUUUGCUCUUUCUUAUGGUGAUACAAACUCUUUAUCCAUAAUAUAUUAUUUGAAAAUCUGUUUUACAAGCCCUCCUAUAGAAAGAAUUAAUGAUCUACUGAUAGAUGUCAUAAACGAGGGAUUUCAAGUGUAAAUAUAUACAAAAGCAAUGGGAAAGUUGUUUACAUGUGAUAUCGCACAUCUUUGUCGCAUUGCCAAUGGGAGGAUCUACAUUAAUAUGAUCUAAACUUCAAAUGCUUAUAACUUUCUUAUUCAUUCAAUUUUUCUCAAACUUUCGUUGAUCUGUUUCUUUGAUUUUUCUGUUUUCACAUAAGCUAUCUUGUUCAGUGGCGUA